CCUGGAGAGAGAAUCUAAAUUCCUCCUCCUUGUACCUCUCCCCCCUCCUCCUCCUCCUCUUCUCUCCCUCCCCUUCUCUUCUUCUAUACCUUCGUCUUCCUUUCAUCCUCCCUCCCCUUGCCAAUUUGUGGAGAGCCCGGAGUCUAGUCGACCAGCCGAGAAAACGAGCGUGCCCGCUUCACCGUUCUCAGUCUGCUCCCACUAGACCUCCUGUCGAGUCGAAUCCCCUCCUCGGUCUUGACGAUCCUCCCAAUUCUCGACGUUUGUUAGCUCAAACGGCGGAACCCUCCUCCCCCCUCCUUCGUCCUUGUCCGCCGGUGCCCUCCUGAUCCCCGGACCUCCUCCCGACGAACUCCCUGAUCCCGCUCCUGCCGGUUAGACGAGCGAUAGUGUGGGGAAAUCAUCUUGAAGAAUCUUCUUCGGAUGAUCUGAAAACUGCUUGUUUUCAAAUACUUAAUUGAUUUGGAGAUUGUUUGCUUGGAAUUUGUGGUCUUUCCCUGUGACUUUGGCUGUCGUCCACUCUCUUUGUGUGGAUGUACCCUCAGUCAUUGACAGACCUCUAUCUCCCAUCAUUCAGCCUCUUUCCCAUCUCCCUGGAGGUUCUUUUGGAACACGUUAACUCGUGAAGUGGUUGGCCUGUGCCUAUACUCCACAUUCCGCAAAAUACCCGGCCUAGGGGUGAAGACUUUUACUCGUGCUUCAUCUCUCGGACUGGCAUCCUACAGAAUCCUAAUUCAACGGAUCAUUCCUGUGUUGCUUGGCCUAGCCUAGAUGCCAGACUCGCCAUCACGGUAAGGGUUGCAUUGUGCCCUGUGCCUGAAGGCUCGUUAGCCGGGGCUUUCGGUCUUGAAAGACUUCCUCCACUGCGAUUCCGGCCUUGUCUUCUUGUUUCCGCUGCUCGCCUUCCCAGCUUACCAGGCUUCGGUCUUCCCGCUGGACCACACUCCUUCAUUUGAUUCAACGUUCUUCCAGUCCUUCAUUUCAACUACCUAAUUCGACGACUGUCACUCUCUUACUUCCGUCGUGACCUGCUCGACCAUUCGUCCUUCAGGUUUCUUCUUUGGUCUUUGCAAAGCUAAUCAACCUACCGCCUUUCCACUUCACCCACCGCCAUCAUGGAUUACAUUCGUCCUCGCUCUGGCUACCAGCCGUGUGACACCUUCUUUAUUGAAGAUGACUACCGGAUGCAGGCCGAAAAGCAGGCCAAGCAGGAGCACGACAAGCUCAUGAAUCGUGAGCGGCAGCAUGCUAUGGCCACCCAGAUUUCUCGGAUCACCAGCGUCGAGUUCCGCGACGAUGUCCUGCAGCAGAUGCUGGAGAUGGAUGCUCAAACUCUUCCUGAUGUGGAAUCCAUCGACAUUCAGACCGAAAUCCAGUGGUUUAUGCGUCCUUACCUUCUGGACUUCCUGAUUGAGGCCCACACUGCCUUUCAACUCCUGCCUUCGACCUUGUUCCUAGCGAUCAACUUGUUGGACCGCUACUGCUCCAAGCGUGUGGUCUACAAGCGUCACUACCAAUUGGUGGGCUGCGCAGCUCUCCUCAUCGCCGCUAAGUACAACGAUCGGAAGGACCGCGUCCCCACCGUGAAGGAAUUGAAAUCAAUGUGCUGCUCGCUCUAUGAUGAUGACAUGUUCAUCCAGAUGGAAUGGCACGUUCUGCAGACUCUGGGAUGGUCCGUUGGUCACCCCACUGUGGAUGAGUUCCUGUCAAUUGCUCUUCUGGACGAGCCCUACGACGCCGAGGUGGAGCACAUGGCUCUCUACAUUCUCGAGAUUGCCCUUUUCCACCGUGACUUCGUCUCCAAGCCGUCGUCCGAGCUCGCCCGUGCUGCAUUGGCCCUGUCUCGUUGCAUCCUCAACCGACCCCAACCACGCCACACUGACUGGGCUGCUCAGUAUGACUCGACAACUCUUGUCGGUCUCUCUCAGCAGCUUCACCAGCCGUCGACCGUGGUUUCUCGGAAGUAUGCCUCGUCUCACUUCUCUCGGGUGUCCAAGGUUCUGGAGCACUUCCUCGCCCGCCAGGCUUCUAUGGUCAACUACCCCCGUUGCACCCCUCCGGUGGAGACUCCCGUGGAGUCGAAGCCCUACACUGGGGAGAUGGGGCUUGCGACCCCUCAGAAGUCUCAGCAGCUGACUGCGGUUCCUCACGGCUACAUGACACCUCCCAUCACUCCUGAGAACGGCCCGUUCGCCGCACAGGCUCAAAUGGCCGCCAACCAGGAGAUGGCUCGUGGUGCCCCUGCCUGCUCGCCGUCGCCUGCCCCCGAAGCUGAGAUGCAGUACAUGCACACCGACGCCUACCAACAACAGGAGGCCAUGUACCUCUCUCAGCAGUCGCAGCAACUCCCGCCGUUCCCACCCCAAUCCCAGAUGGCACUCGACCCAACCUAUCAGGCUGUGAUGUAAGAGAGGAUAUGAAGUGGACAACCGAAGACAGCUCUAGCCAUCUUUCUAAACAAAAGUAUCGGUGUCAUGCACAUAUUCGAGUCCACCUCGUUUCUCUCUGUCUCGACUGCAGAAAACUAAUGAAAGGAGCGUCAUGCUUUUUUGCGUUGGUUUCGACUCGACGCUAAUCCUAAUAAUCUCGACAUGCCGCCUCCCCCUUUCGUGCCUGUCGAACUCUGUGCCAUCCUCAUCUUCGAACUCAUCCACGCUCGCCAUUCAACCUCCUCUUUCCCCCACGCUUUGCAUACGGCUUCGGUCUGCAGAACCGGAGUCGAAGACCAGCCUUUUCGUUUCAUCUUCCCAUUCUUGUUCCAAAAAUUGCAUACCCAUACCUCUCCUUCCUUUCAUUUUCCAUUGUUCCUGGGUCACCAUUUGCAUUUAUCCUCAUUCCACAUAGCAUUGCAAGAGCGAGCCAUAUUGUGUUUUUAUUUGAAUCUUUCCCAUUGCAUCGUUGUCAUUUCCCACCCCCCCUUACCACAACAUCUUCACUUCGCAUGUCUUGUCGAGUCUCGUGUUUCUGCACUCUUCUCGACAAUCUUAUCUUGCUGCGCGCCCGCGAGCGCUGCGCCUUUGCAUCCAUACCUCCAACUCCUGACGAUCGUUACACAGCAACCAAGCUGAUUUUACUCACCCCCAAGCACCAUCAUCCCCCCUCUACCUCGCCAGAAAAAAGCCUUUAAUGUGUCUGGACCGUCGGACUUCUCUGACACAAAAGUCAGUCAGUGGCCACGGCCGCACACAAAAAAAGCAAAAAAAUCAACCAAAACCGACAAAAAGAACUUGUUCAAGUCUCCUGGGGAAGAUUUCUUCCACCGUGGGCAAUGGAGACCCAAGAUUGACAUCCCCCAAUCCUCUUGCCACUCCCCCUUGUUUACCUAUCCCCAACACCUUAUCUUUGUGUACCUAGCUUUAAACAUGGCCCUGAUCUUGUCUGCCACAGUGUGGAUGGUGAAGGAGCCUUUUGUUGAUUUUCUGUGUGGAUUCGAGAUUGCCACAUGGCCCACGAAUAAUACACAUUUCUGUGGUUA